AUGGCUCCGGACGGCGUCUUCAACACGGAGUACGGCCCGGGGCCCAUGGUCAAAAGCUGGUGCUUCUCGCAAUGGUUCGACGCAGUCGAAGUGGAGCUGACGAGUCUGCACAAAACCACGGAAGACUCGGUCCUUGCCGUCACGAAAACCAGCGUCACGAUCACGCACCGAACUCUCGCCAACGUGUUUUCGCACCUACUCAGCUCCGUGGCCGACAGGAAAUUGGCCGACAAAUUGGCGGGACAACGCAUCGUCAUGCGCGGCUCGACCAGCUUUGGGUGGAACAAUUCAAUCGGACGCUUUUCGAGUGUGAUUUCGCAGAGUGACAUGGUGACGCCUACGUUGCGAUUGCUGUGGAAUUUGGAGGACUGGUUCUGA